UGCUAACUGCUUUUGGAGACUCACCUGUCAAUGACAAGAUGAUUGUUGCUGUGGACUUUGAGGACAUCACAUUUCAAACUCCUUUUCGGAGACAUUUCAGGACUGUCAUCGAAAGUGCACCCCUAGACCUAGAAGGGCCUCCCAAUGAGUACUAUUCCAAGACGUUCAUCAAUUCCCUGGCUACAAACUUCUUGCCUCAUGCAGCACUGUGGACCAGUAUGAUGCUGGGUGACCUGGGAAGGCAUGGCAAAGGACUUCCUUAUGAAAAUUUUUCCAAAAAAUUUUCCAAAAUUUCAAAAAAGACUGCCCAGAAUUUCACAAAAGACAAUAAGACCCAAGGGAUUAUGGAGAAGAGCCAGUGGGAUCUUAAACAAAUCCGCUUUCAAAGACGACGCCUGACGAGACUUGAUGACUUUGUCACAACAUACCAGGACACACACAUUGCUCUUUUAAGAGAAUUUGCUGAUGUGGAAAAAACAAGAAGAAGGGUGUACAGAAUACAGACAGAGAAGUGGAAGCAAAGAAAGAGAAACAAGAGGGGAGUUUAUGUCAGCCCUAUAAGAACCCCAUUUCUCUUGAAAUCAAAACAAGUUUCAAAGGAGACAACAUCUUCAGUGACUACCGCAUGUGUCUUACCCGAAGCUAACAUCCAGGAGUCAAAAACAGCCAAGUCCCCAGAUAAUGACAAGCUAAAAAUACCUUCUUCUGAGAGAGAUCUGGUGACAUUGAUUACGUCUACUCCGUCCACAUCUUGUGAACCUUCAACUUCCCUGGUUCAAAGAGAGAAAAAAACAACAAAGAAAAAAAGAGGGACAGUUCAUACUGAGAAAAGCUCAGUAAAGGAAACUGCAGAGAAGAGGGGAAACCACGGGCCAAUCUGGGGAAAUUAUUCACCCCAAGGAGUAAUUCCCACUGGCAGAUUGUCUAGACCAGUAUCCAUUCACCAUGACCAGAUGAUAAGCAUUCUGGAUCCCCACACAUGGCUAACAAGUGAUGAAAUGGAUUCGGCUUCCUAUUACAUGGCACAGAAAUAUGCUAGUACUGAUGGCUUUCAGUCGUCCCUUCUUUUUUCAGCACUUCGCCGUGGAGGCAUUGUUGGUACACCAAGAAAGCCAUUUGUCCAGAUACUAAACAUCAAUGAUAAUCAUUGGAUUGCUGCAAGCAACAUUUUUUGUGGGUCAAAUGAGGUGUGCAUUUACGACAGCUUGAACACAACAAUUAAUAAGACAACCCAACAAAUGCUCUCUUGGAUGCUUCGGCCAGAGGCACCGCAUUUUGUCCUUAGAAAACCUGCUGUGCAGAUUCAGCACUCGGGUAGUAACUGUGGAGUUCUUGCACUGGCAUUUGCGGCAGCUCUCUGUGAACGUAUUAGGCCUGAAGAGUGCCAAUUCAGGGAGAAAGAACUCAGGCAAAGACUCUACAGAGGAUUGGUGGAAAAAAGAGUGCCAGAAUUUCCUUUUGAAAAAGCACAGGCAAAGCCAGAAAGGGAGGCAGUUCAAGUUGAAGUCUAUUGUGUUUGUAGAACCUCACACAACAAUGAGGUGAUGGUCCAAUGCAGCAAGUGCAAUGCCUGGUACCACCCAAACUGUGUUCCUGUCCCCAGCAGUGCCUUGGACACAACAAUGGAGGAAUGGCACUGUCAAAAUUGUAAAGCAUGAAGGACUGUGGAAAGCAGGUGUAAAAUACCAAGCAGGGAAAUUGUGCUUUUCUAAAUCACCUAAAGUGUGUUUGUGUGUGUGUGUAAUUAAAUAUGUUAAAGUUUGUGGUGAAAAUGAGUGAUUUUGGU